AUGUCUUCUUCCCAAAAUCCAAACAAUCAACCUCUCUCCCCAACCGAAACACCACUGGUUGCUCUUAACAUCACAACCCAAAUCAAUGAGAAAUUAAUCCCCUCCACCUUUCCACAAUGGCGUGCCCAAUUCGAAGCUCUUCUCAUUGGGUACGACCUAUUGGACUAUGUCACUGGAGUUUCUGUGUGUCCAUCAUCUGAUGACACUCCUGAAUAUGCCCUACAAAAAACCCAUUGGGUUCAGCAAGACAAGUUGAUUCUCAGUGCCAUCCUUGCUUCAACCUCCACCACCAUCACUCCUCUCAUAGCUACCGCUAAAACAUCCCAUGAGACGUGGAAAAAAUUGAAUCAUAUGUAUGCUAGUAGAUCUCGAAUGCAAGCUAUGCAACUCAAGGAAGAAAUUACCUUGAUUCAAAAAGAAAAUCGCUCGAUUCCGGAGUAUCUCCAUGUCGUAAAGGCAUUGGCUGAUGAGAUAGCUCUAAUUGACCAUCCCAUAUCUAACGAUGAUCUAACCCUUUACAUCCUUAAUGGUUUGGGUUCUGAUUUCAGGGAAAUAGUUGUACCAAUCCGUGCGAGGGAGAAAUUUUGA